AUAUUUCAAUUUAAAGAAAAAAACAAAAAGCAAAGUUGCUACAAACAAAAGCAACAUAAUCAAGACACAAUUACAAGAAAUAAUGGGACCACAAUUAGAAGGUUUGACAAACAAUUAUGAUGAUGACUGUAGUGACCAAAAAGAGGUGGUUACUGAACAUGUUCCUGAUGCAAAUAACUGUGAUGACAGUGAAGUGGUCUUCAAUAAUGGGAAAUGGAGCUCCUACACUCCCCAACAACCGAAGAGGCCCAAAACUACAAAGCUAUCAUGUACGAAAACAAUACAAAAUAAAAAAUAUAUUUCUGUUAACUAUCUACUAAUGGAGGAAAAGCUGAAUUUUUUGAAACUACAAAACGAAAAACUCAUCGAAGAACACAAUAAAAAAAUGGAAAUAUAUGUAAAAAAAAGGUUCAGCCGUUAGAUUUACAGAUCAACGCAUUGGAUAAGUAGAAAACAGAGGAUUUGUUUUGUUAAUUUUUGGAAUAUUUUCACUUUCAC